CGUAUAGAAACAAUGCUUGGCGAUGUUGCAGUUGCUGUCAACCCAAAAGACAAGCGCUACGAACAUCUCGUCGGCAAACGCCUAAUUCAUCCGUUUUUCCCUGAUCGCGAUAUUCGCGUGGUUGCUGACGAACACGUUGAUAUCGAGUUUGGAACAGGCGCUGUUAAAAUCACUCCAGCGCAUGAUAGAAAUGAUUAUGAAAUUGGAAAGAGACACAAUCUUCCAUGCAUUAAUGUCUUCACGUUGGACGGAAAAAUAAACGAGAAUGGAGGAGAAUUUGCAGGAAUGCCAUCGAUUCCGUUGUCGCGUUGAAAUGAGAAAAAGUUGACGGAAUUGAAACUGAUGGUCGAUAAACUUCCUAAUGAGAAAAAGAUGCAACUCCCUCGUUGCAGUAGAAGUGAUGAUGUUGUCGAAUACAUGUUGAUUCCUCAGUGGUGGAUGGAUUGUAAAGAUGUUGCAGGAAGAGCUGUUGCGGCUGUACGGAAUGAUGAACUCGAGAUUGUUCCUUCCCAUCACAAACAAACUUGGUUUUAUUGGCUUGAGAAUAUCAAAGAUUGGUGCAUUUCUCGUCAAUUAUGGUGGGGUCAUCGAAUUCCAGCUUAUCGCGUUCUUGUCCCAAAUGAGGGCGAUCAACCUCAACUUUGGGUUGCUGCGAGAUCAGCUGAAGAGGCGAAAGAGAAAGCGACAGCAAAAUUGGGACAUUCGAAUUUCGUAUUAGAACAAGAUGAGGAUGUUUUGGAUACUUGGUUUUCAUCUGGAUUGUUUCCAUUUUCUGUAAUGGGAUGGCCUAAUGACACUCCAGACAUGCGGGGAUUCUUCCCAACAUCAUUACUUGAAACUGGACACGAUAUUCUGUUUUUCUGGGUGGCUAGAAUGGUGAUGAUGUCCCUCUUACUCCACGAUCAACUUCCGUUCAAACAAGUUCUUCUGCAUGCACUCGUUCGUGAUGCUCACGGGAAGAAAAUGUCAAAAAGUUUGGGAAACGUCAUUGAUCCUCUAGACGUCAUCGAAGGUAUCACUCUCAAAGAAUUGAAUGAAAGACUUCGAGAUGGGAACCUGCAAAAAGAAGUUGCACGAGCCAUUGAAGUUCAGAAGAAAGAUUAUCCAAAGGGAAUUGAAAAAUGUGGUGCUGAUGCUUUACGGUAUGGUUUACUGGCGUAUACAAGUCAAGGUCGCAGUAUUAAUUUGGACGUGAAUCGUGUUGUUGGUUACCGCCACUUCUGCGAUAAACUGUGGAAUGCGACGCGAUUCGCUUUACAGAAUUUCCAAUCUGAGUUUCAUGCUCAAGGCUUUCAACACGAACGCUUGCAAUGGCCCGACAGUUGGAUUCUCCAUCGCUUGUCUCAAUGCUGCAAGUCAACAAAUGAGGCUUUGAGUAAAUUCGACUUUGGUGAAGCCGUCAAAGCAACAUACAAUUUCUGGCUAUACGAAUUAUGUGACGUUUAUCUUGAAUUGUUGAAGCCCCGUCUGGCUAAAGAGUCUCGCGAUCGAACUCCUCUGGAGGUUUUGUUUGUCUGUUUGGAUUCCGGAAUUCGCUUGUUGCAUCCAAUGAUGCCAUUUGUGACCGAAGAACUGUUUCAACGACUUCCACCGUCGUUUUCCCGCAAGGAGUCCAUCUCUAUUGCUGACUAUCCUCAAUCAGUAAUUGCGUGGAUGAAUCCCAUGCUCGAUCUUACUGUCGGGAUGGGCACUUCAGAGAUCACAGAUGUCGUCAACGAUAGAAUAACAAUCGGACUAGAUCCUGAUGGAACUGUUAACCUUCCUCAAGUUCAAUUAAAGAUACAAAAAAAGCUUGACGCAACUCAAAAGCAGAUCGAGGGGUAUCGUAAGAAAAUGAGUAUCCCGAAUUAUGAAGAAAAGGUUCCGGCCGACGUUCAACAGCUCAAUGCGGACAAAUUGGAUCAAUUCCAAACAGAAAGGGAAGCUCUUCAACGCGCAAUCGAAAAUAUUAGAAAAGCGAUCGAAGCAGGAAACUGA